CGCAGAGCAUUGUGGGAAACGUAUUCGAGGAACUUCGACGUUCACUCAUUGACCCAAGGAAGGAUGGCGAACAUCCUCUGAGAUCAGAAGAUGGAAUCAUCAAGAGAACAGAGACCAGCACUGGGCGGUAGCAGGGAGGCAGACCUUGUGAAUACGCCCCUUGGGGAGGAGCCAGUGAAGGCGCACCUGCGGGCAUCGCAGCAGCUCUUGGUGGAUUCUCUGUACAACAUCGCCCCACUUCUCGACCACAUGUUGGCCGCCAAUCUGCUCUCCCAAGACAACUACUUCCAGGUUCAAGCGGAACGAACACCAACCGAUCGUGCUCGCAAGCUGCUUGAGGUGGUUCACGCCCAGAUGGAUGAGCGUGGGGUGCAGGCUUUCCUAGACUGCCUGAGGAAGUGUGAGAACCAUUACCCCCGCCUGCGCAAGUGGUUUCACAGGACCAUAGAAUCUCAGUGUGAAAACGUAGCUGUUCGGUGUGGUCCAACAGAAACCAGGCUCCGGGCUCAGUUCAGUAUGCUGUGUCAUCGUCUGGGUGUCUCGGUGCUGCCUGUUUCUCUCCAGCUAUUCUCUGAAGGAACACUUACUCAGCUGGAGGUGGACCAGGUGCAGUCUUUGCCCACCUCUUACCAGCAGAUUCAGCGUCUCCUGUCCAUCUGUUUGUCAAAGGGCGAGAAUGCCUGUAGGGGCUUCUACCAGGCUUUCCAUGGGGAAGAUGCACACCUAGCCAAAGAGAUCGAUGCUCACUCUAUCACUGAAGAAGACACAAAAAGCCUGCUCUCUGUGGCUGUGGAAGAGAGCAGAACUGCAGCUCCCCUGGAUGAGCCUGACACAGAUGUGCUGCAGAAGGCAUUGGAUAUAGUGGGUGGUGCUCUGGCUGAAGGUGCGAGGCUCAACGUGUGCGAGUUGGGCGUAGCUCUGGGGCUGUGUCGUGACGAUGUCCGUGAUUGUCUCCUGGAAGAUGUGGACAUUGACGGUGGUGCUCAGCUUAGGGCCCUGGUAACCCUCUUUUUGGAGAAGACCCAGGACGGCUCUCGGCUGCUCGCAAAGCUGGCAGAGUGCGAUUUACAGAGGCUGCAACUCUCAGAGAGAGGGAUCCUGCUCCUGGAGCUGCUGGCAGAAGCAGAUCAUCUCCUCCAUGAUGGCCGUGUCCAGCCUCUGGUGGUGCACAUCUUCACCUUCCUGCUGUGGGACACCCUGACAGAGGCAGCGGAGGAGCCAAGCGCAGAACUACGGUCAGGCGUACCAGAAGCUGUGCAGAUGCUGCGGACCGGCGGCAGGGUGGAGGCAGAGCUGCUGCUGGAGCUGGAGGAGUGCUGGGAAGAAGAGCCAACGGUGGACAGCUUGCGGCAGUUUGCACGCGCUCUCUCUCUGCUGAUCCAGGAUUUGUACCCUUGUCAGGACAGCCUGCACCUGUGCGCUGCCCACCACAAAGGGGAACUGGCUGUUUGCAGGCCACGAAGGCUUCAAAGGAUCACACGCUUCCGAGGCCUGCCCGGCAGGAUCAUCAGCAGGGCAUUGGGUACCCUGCCGUCAACAUCUGAAUCUCUGCAGAACCAGUACCGGGGAAUCUGCCUAGCUGUAGCUCGUCUGCUGGAGCGUCUGUGCCCCGCAGAAGGUGGUACUGCUCACCUGCCUAGUGCUGCUACUGCUGCCACUGCCAGUGCAAGCACCGCCAAGAUCACCCAGCAUGUGCGUGCCAUGUUGGCCCAGCCUGCCUUCAGUUCGGAUGUGUUUGACGGUGGCGUUCGACAUCGCCUGCUCUCAGUGCUCCACUUUGAUCCUGCAAAACUGGAGCUGCCCUGCCUGCUGAAGCUGCACCGGGACAGCCUGGAAGUUCUGGGACGCUACCUGAGAGUCAGCGAGCGUCACUCCUUCCAGCUGCACCCAGAUGGACUGCUAGUGCUGGGGGGCAGAGCUGAACUCUACUGGGCUGAAAGUGUCACAGGCCCUGUUGCCAUUGACAAUGGGAUGGAAGAGGUGUUUCGUUUCCUCACCUCGGGUCCUGCCUCCAUGCUUAUGCGUAUUUGUUGCCACGGUUACGAGGAUAGGGAGUACUUCCGAGUGCACGAGCCCCACUGUGUAUGUCUGUCAGGCCUGGGAGAGGGGGGCGUUGCUGAGUUGCAACGCAUGGGGUUGCAGGUGCUGGGAGAAGAAUCAGGCGAGGUCUGGGUGAGGGAGGCUGGGUCAGCCAAUGAGCUUGUCACAUUGGCAGAGAAACAUGGCAGCCAGGUGCAGGAAGCUGGCUGCUGUUUCCUGCUCAAAACCCCAGGGCCUCACUGUGAGGUCAGGUUUGUGUACAAACACAGGAGGAUCACAGCAUCUAGCAAGAGCAACUGUGAAGUGAUAUAAACCUAAGCUCCAGGCAACCUUGAGCUGGAAAGGAAGGGGCCAUCAUUCAAGACUGGAGUCAAGGUUCACAUUUAUACAUGUAGCUGACCCUUUACUCCAAAGUGCCUUCCAAGGUUAAGCUACCUACAGUUAUUUGCCCAUUUAUACAGCUGGGUAAUUUUACUGGCACAGUUUUAGGGUACUAUAGGUGGAGGUGGGAACUGAACCUGCAACCUUUAGCUCCAAAGGCAGAAGCCCUAACCCCUAUGCUACCAGCUGCCUAUAUCUGUUACAUCUCAUUUUAGUAUGCCUGUGCUAUUUUAUUGAUACCCUAUAGCUUCAUCUAAGAACAAUGGGGUAUGUGUCAAUGUUAGGCCAACCCCCUGAGAAUAAGUCAAAGAGCUGCUUUGACUGACCGGCCAAGAAAUGGUACCAUACGACAAUGAAUUGUGGGUAAAUCUGUCGUGAGUGUAAAGCAGCAGUCUGCUUGAACCCUGGGCUGUUUCAGUGCCUGCAUAUCCUUGAUUUGUGCUUUCGCACUGCGGUGCGAAAAGCGUUGUCAGCUCGUUUCAGAACUUUAUUUCAUUAGAAUAUCUUUGGUAGUGCAAAGGUGUGGGCUGCAGUUGUCAGGUCUGUGUUACCAGGAAUAGCUCACAAACAUAAUGUUCAAGAGUUUAUUUCAUGCAUGUGGAACCAACUGGACUGUCA